AGUUUCUCCUGGUGAAUGCAUCCUCAGCUGGACUUCCUCUAGAAUAGCUUCUUAACUUCUAUGGCAUUAUUUUCACGUUGCUUUCCCAUGUGAUUACUGAAUAUGUGGCAUCUCUCUCUCUCUUUUCUUAAUUUUGUUUUCCUUCUCCUGUUCUUUUGCUCAGCCACAUUGGGAUUAUCAUCGGCAGAGGAUGAGGGUGAGGACCCCUGGUACCAAAAAGCAUGCAAGUGUGAUUGCCAGGGAGGGGUCAAUGCUCUUUGGUCUGCUGGAGCUGCCUCCUUAGACUGUAUUCCAGAAUGCCCAUAUCACAAGCCCCUGGGUUUCGAGUCAGGGGAGGUCACGCCAGAUCAGAUCACUUGCUCUAACCCAGAGCAGUACGUAGGCUGGUACUCCUCAUGGACAGCAAACAAGGCCCGGCUCAACAGUCAAGGCUUUGGGUGUGCUUGGCUUUCCAAGUAUCAGGACAGUAGCCAGUGGCUACAGAUAGAUUUGAAGGAGAUCAAGGUGAUUUCGGGGAUCCUUACCCAAGGACGCUGUGACAUAGAUGAGUGGAUGACCAAGUACAGCGUGCAAUAUAGGACUGAUGAACGCCUGAACUGGAUUUACUAUAAGGAUCAGACUGGAAACAAUCGGGUCUUCUAUGGAAACUCAGACCGGAGUUCUACAGUCCAGAACUUACUGCGGCCCCCCAUCAUUUCCCGUUUCAUCCGACUGGUCCCUCUGGGCUGGCAUGUCCGAAUUGCCAUCCGGAUGGAGCUGCUUGAGUGUGCCAGCAAGUGUGCCUGAUGCCCACUUCAGCUCACUCCUGCCUCUGCGGGGAGAGCUUGGGGGAGGGGCACCCUGACAUACUACUGUGAUGAGCAGGGCUGUAUCUUCUAAGCACUUUAAAAUGUAGAUCUGGGUAGAGGUUAUUUCAUUAAAAAAUUAGUUUCCAAUUUCAAUGAGAGAAAAAGAAGAAAAACGGAGCCUUUCCUCAACUCAGGGCCAAAGAAAAUAAGAACAAAGAAAAUAACCCUCAAAGCAAUUUUCUUACACAAACCUAAAUAGCAGGGGUAAUUUGCUGUUCCCUUUCCCUCUCUCUUUUUCUUUUUGUCUCAGCGACACUGUCAAAGGUACAGACCCAGGUGAACACAAAGCAGCUUUGAUAAUUUGAGAUUUUUUUGUGUGUGGCUGUUACCACAUUCAGAAGAGGAGUACCAUUUUGUAAAGCAACACACAAAUGCUAAAGGUUUUGCCCUUAACACUCU